GAGCCCACUUCAACCCCAACCCGGGCUGCUCCAGGCGGAUCUGCUGGGCUUAGCCGACAGCUGCGAGGACUGAAGAGGCGGUACGCAGGUUGAGCCGGGCGUCUCCUGGCUGGGCCGGCGAAUGACGAUGGCAGGAUUUCUAUAGUAUAUCUAGAAUGAGUUCCACAUCUUGGCCUCUUAUCGAACUCCUGCAAUCUCAUCUCCACCGUCUAGAGAAUAAAUAGGAUUUGCAUGAGUUCUACACUCUCAACUGAAAGACAGACUGCAUUGUUAAUACCACUUUCUUCUGGUUGUUAUUAACAGCGCCUCAGAAAAUUAAAUGUCGUCUGAAGACCGAGAAGCUCAGGAGGAUGAAUUGUUGGCUCUGGCGAGUAUUUAUGAUGGAGAUGAAUUUAGAAAAGCAGAGUCUGUUCAAGGUGGAGAAACCAGGAUCUACUUGGACUUACCACAAAAUUUCAAGAUAUUUGUGAACGGCAAUUCAAAUGAGUGUCUCCAGAAUAGUGGCUUUGAAUACACCAUUUGCUUUCUGCCUCCACUUGUGCUGAACUUUGAACUGCCACCAGACUAUCCAUCCUCCUCCCCACCUUCAUUCACACUUAGUGGCAAAUGGCUGUCACCAACUCAGCUUUCUGCUCUCUGUAAGCACUUAGACAACCUGUGGGAAGAACACCGUGGCACCGUGGUCCUGUUUGCCUGGAUGCAGUUUCUUAAGGAAGAAACCCUGACGUACUUGAAUAUCGUCUCUCCUUUUGAGCUCAAGAUGGGUUCUCAGACAAAAGUGCAGAGAAGGACCACACAGGCUUCACCUAACACAGAGCUAGAUUUUGGAGGAGCUGCUGGAUCCGACGUAGACCCAGAAAUUAUGGAUGAGAGAGCCGUGCAGGAUGUGGAAUCAUUGUCAAGCCUAAUCCAGGAAAUCCUAGACUUUGAUCAAGCUCAGCAGAUAAAAUGCUUCAAUAGUAAAGUGUUUACGUGCAAUAUCUGUUUCUGUGAGAAGCUGGGUAGUGAAUGCAUGUACUUCUUGGAGUGCAGGCAUGUGUACUGCAAAGCUUGUCUGAAGGACUACUUUGAAAUCCAGAUCAGAGAUGGCCAAGUUCAAUGCCUCAAUUGCCCAGAACCCAAGUGCCCUUCAGUGGCCACCCCUGGUCAGGUCAAAGAGCUAGUGGAAGCAGACCUAUUUGCCCGUUAUGACCGCCUUCUUCUCCAGUCUACCUUGGACCUCAUGGCAGAUGUGGUAUACUGUCCCCGCCCGUGUUGCCAGCUGCCAGUGAUGCAGGAACCUGGCUGCACCAUGGGCAUCUGUUCUAGCUGCAAUUUUGCCUUCUGUACCUUGUGUAGAUUGACCUACCAUGGGGUCUCUCCAUGUAAGGUGACUGCAGAGAAAUUAAUAGACUUACGAAAUGAGUACCUACAAGCAGAUGAAGCCAAUAAAAGAUUUUUGGAACAGAGGUAUGGUAAGAGGGUGAUUCAGAAGGCACUGGAAGAGAUGGAAAGUAAGGAGUGGCUGGAAAAGAACUCAAAGAGCUGCCCCUGCUGUGGGACUCCCAUAGAGAAAUUAGAUGGAUGUAACAAGAUGACCUGUACUGGCUGUAUGCAAUAUUUCUGCUGGAUUUGCAUGGGUUCUCUUUCUAGAGCAAACCCUUACAAACAUUUCACUGAUCCUGCUUCUCCAUGUUUUAACCGGUUGUUCCAUGCUGUGGAUGUUAAUGGAGAUAUUUGGGAAGAUGAGAUUGAAGAUUAAUUGACUCCUGUUGCUCAAGAUGUGGAAGCAGAAUGGUUUGCCUAGCCUUUUGUUGAGUACACAAAGUAACUUUGAGGGAUAUCUAGGGUUCCAUUCAUUUAUUCUUUCUAUGUAGAGAUAUGGAAGAACAAGGUUUAUAUUUUCCAUGUGGUACUACUGAAUAGGGCACAUUUACACAUUUUUCAAUGUAACAAAAUUGAAAAACUUAUAAACCAAAGGUUCAGAAAAUGUAAACUAGAAAAUAUUAAAUUACAAAUGUGCCAGAAUCUCUGAUAGUUAAAAAUGAAAUAUUUAUUUUAUUCUCUAAACUUUAUUCUGAAUAGCAACCCUCUUAAGACAUUCUGUGGGAGUCCUCUCAGUACUACUACUGCUGGGGUGAGAAGAAGCCUUAUAAUUGUACUAAGAGCCUCUGUCACAUUCCUUCCAACCUAAAUUUUGGCUAAGUUAGUUCUCCAAAAGAGGCCCGUUACUCUGUAACUGGAUGACCCAGUGUCAUUUUGAUCUGUUAUUUUUCAGAAUAGAAAUUUGUAGAUAACUUAAAAACAAUUUUUUAAUACCACAGACACUGUGGGUCACCUGAUAUUUAUUAGUGGUAUAUAGUCCACUGUUGUUGAGCCAAAUCUAGAAUUUAAUGAUACUGACACAGAAGGAUUUCAACUCUACAACUUUUCCUGGGCAGUAGAGCCUAGAUUCAAAGCAACUUUUUCUACUUUUGUUCUGUGUUGUCUCCCUGGGCCUACCUUCCUUUGGCAAGGACAAUUUUAAUAUUAAUUCCAGCAGAUCAUAUUUUCAUUUCUUCUGCUGGAAUAGGAGAAAGCCUAAUAUAUUCCCAAAGUGAACAAGCUGAACUGUCUUUAUUUGCUCUUUGAACACCGCACCAUUGUAAUUCAUACUAACUUUGUGAAUUCUUUGUAUAAGUCUUCUCUAAUGAGCUGUGGGGAAUUUGACUUCUCCCCUUUUUUGCCAGAGCAGUGUUUGAGGGUAUAAUUUUGGCUCAAUACCUAGAUUCUUGUUUCUAGGCUUUGUUGGCUUUUUGAAAAUUGUCUUCCGGUGUGACUUUGGUGAGUGGCCUGAUAGCAAAAUAAGAUGCUUUUGUUUUUUGGGUUUUUUUGGAAAAGGAGGACAGAGGAAUUCAGCUGCAGCUGUGAAUGUUCUUUUUUUCCCUGCCUUGUCAUUGAAUACUGGGAAAUCACUUUGAACUGUUUUAUGUGUGUAUAUCCAAAGACUCAGCAAGGACUGUUUCUGGAUUGUCAAUGAGAAUGCUUAAUCUUGAAAAUAAAAAUAAUUUAAAAACUGUCUUAUAAUUGGAGGAGAGUUGCUGC